AUAUAGAAUACGAUUUCAAGUCACAUGGGCGUUGUUGCCGCCGCCGCAGCAGGUGUAAUGCCUCUGCAGGUGGACCAACUGAGCGGCGGCAGCGGUGAGUCUGCACACGGGCCAGGGCCAGCCACGUUGCUGCAGGCCGCCGUUAUGGCAGCAAGUGAGCCAGAACCAAUGAGCAUAUCAGCCGUGCCCGUCUCGGUCUCAGCAAUGGGCACUGCGCAUAGCGCAGCGGCUACCGCGUUUAUUUUCAAUAAUUUUGUAACUGUGGCGGCACCACCACCGCCGCCACUGGUUGCCAGCACGCUAGCACCGCUGGUUAACACCGGCCUGCAAUACUUAGAUAAAUCCUAAGAUCCCAGGCGCUGCAGUGCAAGGUGUGUAACUCUCGAUACAGGUAUUAGAGCAACGGCAGCUACUCUAGUGAAUUACAGGCAUUAGGCAUAACCCACGGGGUUCGGAAUCGGCAAAUAAGUUAUGCCAUGUCAUCAAUGGAGGAACGGCAGAACCCACUAGGAUGUAGUAUCCCUAAAGUUAAGCAGAUGUGCCGACAAGCGACACAUAUGUAAUAAUUUAUAAAACUUUAUUCCUUAAGCUACAUGUUUCGAGCCGAACAUUAUUUUUACCGUUGUUAACUAAGAAAUCGGUAGUAAAGUAUGUGUAUAUGUAACCACAAUUUAUAUUUGUACAUAAAUUUAUACAAUUUUAUUAGUGUUAAUCGUCAAAAUACAAAAAUGAUUUGUGUAUCGACUAGCUAGCAUGUACAUAUAACUUUUUAAAUAUUAACUACUUAAAAUUGGCCUAAUUAUUUUCAUAAUUGAUGUAAUCCCCUUUAGUCCUGGCACUCGUGUUACAAAAGCAACCUUCAUUACGUAUACAUUCUAAGUCGUAUAAUUGAAUAUGUAUUUCUUUCUAUAAACAACAUAUAUUUGUGUACAGUUUAUGGCCAAUCAGUUUUAGUUGAAAUGGAUGUUUUGUAUCUAGUUGAUGGGAAAUGUGUCUGUCUUUAGACGGAUAGUGUUAUAAUCCGUAUAAAAUAAACCGUAAGAGAAGUUAACCUUCAAAUAUUUAA